CGCCUGCAAAGCGGCGGUCAGGACUUUUCAAAUCACGGUUAACGGGCGCGGUGCUGCAGAAGUCUAUUGAUUUGACACGCACGGAAUCCCGUGAAUAAUUCCAGCAUCUGAUUAAAUUAGUAAAAUUUAUACUUCCUUAACCAUGGCCGCCGAUGACCAGGAGAAUGCCCCCAUCUCGACUUCUGACGAGGCCACCUCUGCAGGGGCUAAGAAGAAAGCCGCCGCCAGUAAGAGACCAAAGUCGGGCGGUGCAGAGACCAGCACCCCAGCAAAGAAGAAGAAAAACAAAAAGAAGAAGAACCAGCCUGGAAAAUACAGCAAGCUGGUGAUGGACACCAUUCGCCAACUGGGCGAGCGAAACGGCUCGUCUCUGGCAAAGAUCUACAACGAAACUAAGAAGGUUAGCUGGUUUGACCAGCAGAAUGGACGGACCUACCUGCGAUAUUCUAUCAAGGCGCUACUGCAGAAUGACUCCUUGAUUCAAGUGAAGGGCACUGGGGCGAAUGGGUCCUUCAAACUCAACAAGAAGAAGUUUGAAAAACCAGCGCAGAAAAAGAAACCAUCCAAAGCUGUUAAGAGCUCCGCGCCUGCAUCCAAGAAAGCGAAAAAGCCCUCCGAGAAAGUGAAGGCGAAGGCGAGUCCCAAAAAGAAGACGCCAUCGAAAUCGGCCGUUGCAGCUACCAAGAAGGUGGCCAAAUCCAAGAAGGCAGCAAAGAAGCCGGCUGCCGCCCCCUCGAAGAAGGUGAAGAAGCCGAAAAAGAUCAGCAAGCCUUCAGUGCCAAAAGUACCAAAAGCAAAGAGCACCAGAGCGACAAGAGGGGCGAAGUGAUGAGCGUGACUUGCUAGUUUGGAUCGGGACUAUGCUCACCUCCUGAUGUGUCUUGGUCGUGCAGAUAUUCAGUAUUUGAUCGUCAGCUGUAGCUUAGUGCUACUGUUUUUAUUUCUUUUGCAUUUAUCUAGCCUGCUAAUAUAUUUAAACAUUUUAACGCUAAAUCUACAGUAGUAAUCAGACGUUUAACCAUCUGAAGCCUUGUAGUAGCUUAUUAGAAAACGUUAUGCCGGAAUGUUUACUUUGUUUCUAAGACGUGUUAAGGAGAAAUUAGGUGAUUAUUGCAUACUGUCGUUUGUACCGAGAUGUAAAAAAAUUUGUUUUUUCUUCCUUGUGUUUAUGCGCUCAAUCGCACUGCGUAACACUUUUCGGGAGGGUUGUUUUGGUUGCGUUGAGGGCGACGCCCCCUAGGCAUUUGUCUCCUGUAUCUUAGUAACAGAUCGAACACAGUGCGUGGGACCAAGAAGUCACAUCAUGUAUAUAGUUUUUCUGUAUGCCAUCACUUUUUUUCUUCAAAAGCAUUUAUUUACUGAGGAAUGCUUAUAAAAUAAAGGUGGCUCAGUUGUUUA